CACCCGCGCCCUCACACCAGCAUGGCCCGCACCAGUCCGUUUGGCCUCCUGGUCCUCUUCGUCGGUCUUGCCCUGUCCAACGGCGUGCUCGCCCUCUGGCCCAUUCCCCGCAACCUGACCACCGGCUCCACCGCACUCAAGCUCUCCCCUGCGUUCACCAUCCAAGUCGACGUGCCCAACGCGCCAAGCGACCUCUACGACGCCGUCGGCCAGGCGAAGCAGUAUCUCGAGAAUGACAAGCUCGGCCGCCUUGUCGUCGGACGGGGUGCGAACGACACCACUGCCGUUCAAGGAGCGAAGACCAUCUCCACGCUCACGCUCUCGCUCGAGGAAGGCGCAACGGUCAACAGCAUCACGGAUGAAGCCCGCGCCAAGUUUGAGGACCGGAGCGAGGAAUACCAGCUCACUAUUCCCGACGACGGCUCUGCUGCGACGCUCGUCGCCAACUCGACGCUGGGGCUCUACCGUGGGCUGACGACGUUCGGCCAGAUCUGGUACACGUAUGGGGCGGACACGUAUACGUUGGAGGCGCCGUUUGAUAUCACGGAUUCACCUGCAUACCCUUAUCGUGGGUUGGGUCUUGAUACAUCUCGUAAUUAUUUCCCAGUCCAGAGCAUCCUUCGAACCUUGGACGCCAUGAGCUGGGUCAAGAUUAACACGUUCCACUGGCAUAUCACCGAUAGCCAAAGCUGGCCACUCGAGGUUGCCGAGUACCCCGAGCUCGCUCAGUAUGGCGCGUACUCUGCGCAGGAUGUCUACACCGAGCAGGACAUCCAGCAAAUCUUGUCUUAUGCGGGUGCACGCGGCAUUGAUGUUCUCCUCGAAAUCGACACACCAGGCCACACCGCCAUCAUUGGAACCGCGUACCCCGAGUACGUCGCGUGCAUGACCGAGUCGCCCUGGUCGACCUACGCGAACGAGCCCCCGGCCGGGCAACUCCGCUUCCCGCUCCCCGAAGUGCGCAACUUCACGACAAACCUGCUCGCGUCGAUCGCGAAGACGAUGCCGUCUUACUACUUCAGCACGGGUGGCGACGAGCUCAAUCUCCCGUGCUACACCGACGACCCCAUCACCUCCGGGUACUUGAACAGCACGGGCACGACGAUCAACGAUGCGCUGGAUGAGUUCACGAACAGCACGCAUAGCGCCCUCAUUGGGCUGGGCAAGACGCCUGUCGUGUGGGAGGAGAUGGUGCUCGAUUUCAAUCUGACGUCGUUGUCAGACGAGACGAUCGUUAUGACUUGGAUUUCAUCCGCCGAUGCGGCCGCCAUUGCAGACAAGGGAUUCAGGAUCGUGCAAGCGCCAUCGAACUAUUUCUAUCUCGACUGCGGCGCCGGCGAAUGGAUCGGCGACGACCCCGCCGGCAACUCGUGGUGCGACCCGUUCAAAACAUGGCAAUACGCCUACACCUACGACCCGCUCGCGAACCUCACUACCGCACAGCAGUCCCUCGUGCUCGGCGGCGAGCAGAUUCUGUGGACCGAGCAGUCCGGCCCGGAGAACCUCGAACCGAUCGUGUGGCCGCGCGCGGCCGCGUCCGCCGAGAUCUUCUGGAGCGCCGCGCAGCCGGGCGGGGCGCCGCUGAACGGGACGGAGGCGCUGCCGAGGUUGCAGGAUGUGAGGUACAGGAUGGUGCAGAGGGGGUUGAACCCGAUUCAGCUGCAGCCGCAGUGGUGCGCGCUGAGGCCGUACGAGUGUGAUUUGUAUGCUUGAGAGGAGCGGUGCUUUGCGUAGCGAGUGGUGGGGCAGUGGACUUUGAUCUUCUCGUAGGGAUAAGGGGGUUUUACGGACUUGGUAAUUCAUUGCUAUGGUCGGGUUUUGCUCGUACCUUCUCCAGAC